AUUUAUUUUCCAUUUUUGCCUAAUCCGUCUGAUUUCUGCGGGGAUUAACAGACCAAUCCUGAAUAUUGAGUGAGCGCUCAUAGGUUAGAGAUGGAAUCCAGCAGCAGCGGAUGUGCACUGAUAGGUGCUGCUGACGGCUGAAAGAAGAGGGGCAUCAUGGGAGACGAUUCUCAUUUCAACGGCUAACUCUGAUUUUGGUUUUUGGCCAUUCAAGAAUUACUGGGCAAGAAGAGGAAAGAAUGAUUUUGUAAGUGUAAUUUAUUUAACUGAACCUGUGAACUGUAACAGACUCAAAUGGACAGUAAGUGAGAGGAUUAAGUGACCUUCAUUGCAAAAUGGAGGAGGAAACAGAAGAGGUCUCUGGGACAGAACAACCAAGGAGUAAGCAAGAUGCUGAGCUACCAAGUGACCAUCAGAACGAUCUGUUGACAUCCAAAGCAUGUUCCCCCACCCAAUCUUCUACCUCCAGUUCAGCCGUUUCAGCCCUGCAAUCAAAAGUCAAAGCAGUAUCCCAGAGAAAGUUAAAGGGGGCAGAGAGGGACGAUCUAUUAUGUGAGAAUUCAGCAGAAGGGACAGUGAAGAAAACCCAAAACUGUGAAGCGCUGUCUUCUUGCCAAAAAGAAUGCACUGAUAGGUCAAUAAGUGAUGAACAAGGAGGAAAGGACUCUUGCAGUGAAAGUGGUGUCGAAAGCCCAUCUCAUGGUGCUCCAGAAAUGCAUCGUGGGCUUUGUGAAGGAUCUAGCUUGGAGAAUAUUGUAGUGGGUGGUGUCGGUGAGCCUCAAGGGAACAUUUCAGCAAAAUCACAAACAUCUCCCAGGCACUGGGCUCCUCCCAAGGGAUUUUGGCGAGUUGCACGACCAGAGACGCUACUUCUUAAUUCAGAGAGUUCCUCCGCGCUUCCAGCUCCAAAAGAUGUCCCACACACAAUCGAAGAGAGUCUCAAACGGAAGCCAAAACUAAAGACUGUGGGUGCAGUGGUUCAUAAGGAGCUGCAAAGGUCUGAUAGCCUGGAAAGUGCUUUUCAUAGGUCUCUCCAGAAGGAGAUGGGAGCAGCAGAUCCAGUUGGUGGGUUGUGGAAGGCAGACAGCUGGGAGACUGUGUGCUCCAGAGGAGGAACUCUGGGUUCUGCAGAGAAAGCAGAGAUAAACAAGUCAUACCUGAGCCAAUACCAAGUCGAGGCCAUUGAGAUCACAACUUCGAUGCGUCCAGAAGGACAAUAUCAACCACCAAAAGAGCCGCAAAGAGAUUUACCUCCCUACUGGGACUCGGCAAUCAUCGCAAAGGAGCCCGUGUUUAACUACAGGCCUUUGAUUUCCACCAAUGAAGUAACUCUCAGUCCACGUCAUGAACAAGCAAAGCGUCUGUUAGAAAGAGCUCGAUUCAAAGCACGUUCCCAGAACUCUAAGAGCGAAAGUCCCACCUGUCUUGGCCAGAGAGAAGGCCUGGAGCUCUUGCCAAUCGCUGUGUCAUCUACACUGCACAGUGCUGUUCUUGUCACAGCUCAAGAUGAGCUGGCCUCACCUCUUCAGUCACCAGACAUCCGGGGACGGAAUCAUGAACGUGGCAUGCGUUCACGUCGGUAUGGUCAGUCACCUACAAGAGUGCGUUUUGAAGAUGAGUCUGAAAAGGAGGCUGAGCGACGAUACCUGGAGCGGGUGCGUGAACGUGGACCAGUGGUAGUUGAGAAAUCCCACUCCGCCCAACAGCUGAAGGCAGAAUCAGAGUACAACAUUUCAGAAGAAGGCAGGGGGGCGGCAAUAAACUGGGUAAACAUUGGCAUCCCUGUAGCAAUAUUAACCAAGGAGGGAGACUGUUUGGCUGCGAUGGUGCCAAAGGAUGAAAUGCUCAGGACAUGUGAAGCUUGUGGAAGCAUCUUGGCAGCUGCCCAGACUAAAGAUUGCCUUUCUAAAUCAACACAUGGUAUCACAGAUUCUCAAGAGAAGGCAGUCCCUCGAUGGGUCACACCUAACCAAACAUGUCGCCGAACCAUGCACCCAACCUUCUUGGAAAGGUUAACUCUCACUGGAAGUGUCAGUCUUACAGAUAACGUAGGGCGGGGAGGUGUGGGAGGUGCAGGUGAGAGCAUGUCAGCUUUUGGGAAGCUUCGUAGACGGAGCAGGAAAGGGGAAAGCAGAGCUGAAACUGCUAAUGGACCUUAUGCACGAAGCCAAGAUCUUUGGGCCCAAAGAAGGAACUCCAAAACCAGGUCAAGUCUGGAGGAUCCAACCACACACUCAAAACUACUGAAGAUGCAAUCAGAAGGUGCCACAGAAACCUCGUCUGAUGCUGAGGAUAAAGAGCUCGCCAACAAAGUCAGUGACUCUCCUCCACACCUCCCCAUUAAAUCAGCUCUGAAAUCAGGUUCCAAGAGCCGUCCUUCAGGGCAACGUGUGGUUACGCUGAUGCCAUCAGUUCAGUACCGCUUGAUUCACCUCGACCACACAAUGGAUGGAGGUUCUCACCAUGAAAACAUACCAACCGAAGAGCAUCUCAGUGUCACUCUUAGUGCCUCCCCCCAGGUUCAUUCAGCCACCUCAGGCCUGACUUUAUGCAACAGGCCAUCUUCUCUCAGGUAUUCCUCGUCUAUGCUAACUACAGACCUUCAAGCCCUAGCAAUAUGGGACUCUGGAAGUGACCCAGUCACUGGUCAUUUGGCAAGUGAUGGCAUUUGCAGGGAUUCAAAAAGUACAGUGCCUGUUUCCUCAGACAGCCAUCUGGCUUUGAGAACUAUGGGUAUGUCCAGGACAGAAGACCUGAGGGCUGAACUUCUGAGAGCAGAACACAGAAAAGCUGAAAUACAUUGGGAUGACAGUUUAGCUAUGUCUAGGAGAGCAGGGGAACGGGAAGGGAGGCCCAAGCUAUCCCUCCGUCGCUUUUUCUCAGCUAUGGGACUGAAUAGUAUGGGUAAGCUUGUGAAGGGUAACCGGUCCAACAGCAUGGAGCACCUGUGCUCCCCUACAGCCCGCUCAAGCCCUACACACAGAGGCCUUGUCUCUCUGAAAAGGACUCCAUCUCUCCAGUCUCUUCACACAGAGUCUCCUUUGGCUCAGUUACGCAAAGCUUCUUCUGUCCAGAGUCUACAGUCUCCGAAGAGAAAGUUUGAGCGUUCUACUAUAUUAGGAGAGCUUUCACUGCCAUUGAGUUUGGCACCAAGGGAUCUUCAGAAGGAAGAGUGCAUAGAGGCAUUAGAGGAUUCUCGAGGUCCACAAGGACGACUGGUACAGGCUUUCCCUGAUGGGACAUUACUGAUAGAGCUCAUCAGACCUGCAGACAACAAACCCUUUGGCUUUGUCAUCUCCAGGGGUAAAGGAAGACCAGACUCAGGUAUAUACGUGGAACGGGUCGGAGAUGGUGUCACAGAAAACAGCUACACUGGGCUCCUUGGUGUUGGAGAUGAGAUUCUAGAAGUCAAUGGGGAAAUCAUUGCUGGACUGACCUUAGAUCAGGUUACUCGCCUCAUGACCCGUGAUACCAAAGCCACAAUCCGGACCCUUCCACGUUCCUGGAAUAAGCACUGAUGCAAAUAACCCAGGCUCAUUGGAAAUUAUGUGUCCAGGGAUACAUUUUUGAGAACCAAAAAAUAUGUACCCGGGUCUACGUCUUCUUGCAGUUUUUGUUUUCACGAAUAUCCUACUGACUAUGUAGACUCAUACGUAGCAUUUCUUGUGAAUCCACGAAAGGCCGCUGUAUGAAUUUCUUGGUAACUUUAGGUGCUUUUCACGCACAAUUGUGGGACAAGCUUAUGGGCUAGUUGCACAAGAUGGUGUAGAUGAGCUUUCAAGAUGCAAGUGUGUGCGGGUUUACCUCCGGUUGUAUAGAUUUAUGAAGGAAGAGGUGAAGACAUGUUGAAGACAUGUGAAGCAUGUUUAAAACAAAAAAAAACAAAACAAAGUAAUUUAUUGGCAACACGAGAGAAUAUCCACACUACAUUGCUGCAUGCCUUCAUUCUUUCCCAGUUGGUGCUAAAGUUCGUGCUCAACUGACCCACCCUACCUUUUCCCUAAACUCAACCAAUAGUGUUUUUAUAAGCAAACUAAAAAAGAAAAGGCAUUGCGGCUGAAUGCUUCUACCACAAAAUCACACAGCUUUUUGGGGUUUUGUUUUACCUGGUUUCUGGAACUGUCCUUCGCCAUACUCAAACACCAGUCUGCUCCACUUCGUGUCCCAAGUCUGACACUGUUCAUGGUGAGCACUCAAGCAAACCAUUCACAUCAGAAAAAAACAUCCAUACACAGGUAAAAACCACUCCAUAGCAUUUGUUUUAUACACAAAAUGCAGCCAUAGUACCCACAAGCAUUAAUGAUCUGCUCUAUACAUGCACUAAUGCAAGGUGCGUAGGGCCCUGCAAAUUACAGAAGGUCCCGCAUCACUCUAGGCCUACCACUUUUCAAUACCAGUCCACCUUGUCCCCCCCCACCCC